CACCUAUUGGCUAACGACGUCGAUGAUCAGGUUUAUCCUCGUACAGAAUAGACAGGGCAAAACUCGACUUUCGAAGUGGUAUGUACCCUAUGAUGACGAUGAGAAGGUCCGCCUUCGAGGGGAAGUUCAUCGGCUAGUGGCUCCAAGAGAUCAGAAAUACCAGUCCAACUUUGUUGAGUUCCGGAACUACAAAGUUGUUUACAGAAGAUAUGCCGGUCUCUUCUUUUGUGUCUGCGUGGAAGCCAACGAUAAUGAGCUUGCUUAUCUUGAAGCAAUACACCUUUUUGUCGAAGUCCUAGAUUCAUUUUUUGACAAUGUUUGCGAACUCGACCUCGUUUUCAACUUUUACAAAGUCUAUGCCAUACUGGACGAGAUAUUUCUUGCCGGAGAAGUAGAGGAGACGAGUAAAGACGUCGUAUUAACGAGGCUUGAGGAGUUAGAGAAGUUGGAAUGACGUUCAUGUAUUCACAUACCCUGUGUAUCCACUAGUGCUUAUCUGGAAUAAU